AUGGGCGGCAUAGGUGGCAACCUUUACCUCAGCAUGUUGAAUGGGACUGAAACGCAAACUUUCGGAAAGGGUACCGACAUCGCCAGUCACCUCCACCGCGGCACCAAGGAGCUCGCCGAGUUCAAAAUGGGGAUUCAGGACGCGAGGUUUUACUACACGGACUCUGUGCAAAGCGGGCAGGACGCGCUGGCUCUGCCGUAUCAUUCAGAGCAAGCGGUCGGAGGCUACGGAGCUCAGCCCGGCAGGUUUUACGCACAGACGCUCAGCAGCUGUCCGUACGGCGGGGUGAGGUCUCCGCCGAGAAGUGGAGCCGGGCAGGGUUACAUCCCCACGGCUGGAGACGGCUUUCCAACCGGUGCUAAAGACGUGUACUCUCCUUCUGCGGAGAAUUACACUGCGGGCUUCCAGCACGGCUACCAGCGUCCUCCUCUCUACCCUUUACCUGGGCUACAGGUGUGCGGGAAGACUCAGGCUCUGCUCAACAACUACCCGCUGUGGGCCAAGUUCCACAAGUUCCAAACCGAGAUGAUCAUCACCAAACAGGGGAGGAGGAUGUUUCCCUUCCUGAGCUUCAACAUCACCACUCUGGACCCGUCUGCGCACUAUAACGUCUACGUGGACGUGAUUUUGGCCGAUCAGCACCACUGGAGGUACCAGGGAGGCAAGUGGGUCCAGUGUGGGAAAGCAGAGGGUAACAUGCCAGGAAACAGGAUGUACAUGCACCCCGACUCUCCCAACACUGGAGCUCACUGGAUGAGACAAGAAGUGUCGUUCAGCAAACUCAAACUCACCAACAACAAAGGAAGCACCAAUAAUGUGGCACAGAUGAUCGUGCUCCAGUCGCUUCAUAAGUACCAGCCACGUCUUCACAUCGUGGAGGUGAAGGAGGACGGCUCGGACGAUCCCUUCCUCGCCGCCAAAGCUCAGAUCUUCGUCUUCCAGGAGACUCAGUUCAUCGCCGUCACUGCUUAUCAAAACGCAGAUAUCACUCAGCUGAAAAUAGACCAUAACCCCUUCGCUAAAGGUUUCCGCGACAAUUACGACACGCUGUACGCUCCUCCUGACUCUGAUCGCCUCACCCCCUCCCCUACAGAGAGCCAGCAGCUGCUGCCAGGGAGCUGCUACACCCAAGGCUACCUCUCUGAGCAGUACAUGAGCCCGCUGCCCCAGAGCCGCUUCUACGGCCGGGAGCCCCUCGGUAUGGGUCAGCAGCACAAAGACCCAUCCGCCAGCCCCGGUCCUCACAGCCGCUGGUACCUGCCCCCCCAACAGGGUGUGACACCUAAUCGGCUUGACUUCACUUCCUCCUAUGAGGGGGAUUUCUCUGGAAACGGCUUCUACAAACCUUUCCCCUUGCAGACCUCCGCUCAUCAUGCCCUUAGCUACUACCCUGAUCACCCUUUUGCUUCUACUAGCGUGUCUGUAUCAGGGGCCACCUCAGCAGGCUGGAGUCACAGUCGGCCCACCCCUCAGUACCUCAGCCACCCCAGUAAACCUGGCCCUAGUCUGGGCUGGUUUAGACCCCUGUCCUCCUCCUCUUCCUCCUCCUCCUCAACGUCACCCGGCAACCCCAGGCUGCAUCCUCCCUCGCUUCUCGAGUCCCUCCAGCCGCCCCUGCUGCAGGACAAGCCCAAAGACACUGGAGCCGUGGUGGGAGAAGAGCCCUGGCUCGAACCGCCUUCCGUGAAAUCGGCAGACUCUGCAGACUCAGGCCUGUUUGAGGGCGGCGUGGGGGACAACAAGAAGAGGAGGGUGUCGCCCUACACGUCCAGCACCGAAAACUCCCCGCCUCCGCGCAGUGGAGACGUCUGCGAGAAAGACAGCAACAGCGAUGCAGACUACUAUGGCUAUUACACCCACUGAAGACCUCACACAUCACCCGCCGCCACAGUCUCUCCCAGCGUCUUCCCACACCUCCCUCAUGGGCAUACAGUCUGUCCAAUCAGGUCAUGAUCAUCCCUUUUUUUUCUGUUUUUGUUUUCUGUAGACAAUUACCAGAACCACAUAACAGAACGUGCA